GAUCAUUCUCAGCCGAAUGAGGUCAGUGUGUUAUCACUAUGAGGGGAGCGUGGAAAACGCAGUCGUUCUAUUUACUGGGGACCAUAGUGGGGAUCCUCUUUUUGGGCAUGUUUCUGAAGAACGGAUACCAACAUGGUGAAGAUACCGAUAAAGAUUUGGGCACAUCGCAGAUGUUAUGGAGUUUUUCCAGCUUGGAGACAAGCAUCAGCAAUCUAAACGAUGCACUUAGACGUUUUGAGCAAAAGCAGGAUGACAUGCAGAAGAUGUUAGAAGAAGACAGGCACAGACAUAGAAAAUCAGCAGAGGUCCAACAGCAACCAGAGAAGCAGAAGGAAGGUGAUGCAAAUAUCCAACCCCAAAACAAGGCAACCCAAAUGAAAAAGUCUGAAAAACUGUUCCCUCAGUCAGCCUUGUUCAAGAAAUGGGGGGAAGAUCUCUCUGAGGAUGACCAAAGAGAGGCUCAGAGCCUGUAUGAGAAGUAUGGGUACAAUGUUUUUCUGAGCGAUCGCCUCCCUCUGGAUCGACCUCUUCCAGAUACCAGGGAUCCUCGGUGUUUGAAAAAGAGUUACCCCAAGGACCUGCCAAGUCUCAGUGUGGUGCUCAUCUACCUGGAUGAAGCCCUGUCUGUUCUCCAAAGAGCCCUGCGCAGCAUCAUCGACCAAACUCCUAAAAACCUGCUGAAGGAGAUAAUAAUGGUGGAUGACAAUAGUUCUAAUGAAAAUCUGAAGGGUGACCUUGACAUGUAUGUGAAGUCGCUUGAGCAGGAGAACCCUAAUCUCCGUAUUGUGAGAGUGAGGCACAGUGAGCAGAGAGGUCUCGCUUCAGCAAGAGCAUCCGGGUGGAGGGCUGCUACUGCUGACGUGGUGGCCAUCCUGGACGCACACAUUGAAGUCCAUGAGAUGUGGGCUGAACCACUGCUGACACAGAUUAAAGCUGACAGAACUGUGGUGGUUUCCCCAGUGUUUGAUAAAGUCAACUUUGAUGAUCUCAAGGUUAAUAAAUAUCAUCCCAGUGCACACGCCUUCGACUGGGCUCUGUGGUGCAUGUAUGAGAGUUUUACACCUGAGUAUUACAAACUUAAUGAUGGUUCACUGCCUGGCAAGAGUCCAUCUGUCAUGGGGAUCCUGGUUGCUGAUAGAAAGUUUCUGGGGGAAAUUGGAGUCCUUGAUGAAGGAAUGAAAGUGUAUGGUGGAGAAAAUGUUGAGCUGGGAAUUCGUGUAUGGACAUGUGGAGGCAGUAUUGAAGUUGUUCCAUGUUCCAAGAUCGCCCACAUCGAGAGGGCCCACAAGCCCUACAUGCCUGACCUGGCUCCUGCCAUGAAGAGAAAUGCCCUCAGAGUUGCAGAGAUCUGGAUGGAUGAAUACAAGCACAAUGUUAACUUGGCUUGGAACUUGCCAUUUGAGAAUCAUGGAAUUGACAUAGGCGACAUUUCAGAGAGGAAGAAACUCAGAGAAAGGCUGAACUGUAAACCUUUCAAAUGGUACCUGGAUAAUGUGUAUCCUAAGCUGGAUCCCUUGAAUAACCUACUCGCAUAUGGAGGAAUGAAGAACCUUGACGCUGACAUGUGCAUAGACCAAGGUCCAGUACCAGGUCACACACCUAUUGCCUACAAUUGCCACUACUAUCAACCUCAAUUCACAUAUUAUCGUGGAACGGGUGAGCUCUACAUUGGCGGCAUCAAGUCACAUAAGUACAAUGACAACCGAUGCUUAGCUGACAUUGGCACAAAAGAAACUGAGCCUGGCCUGUACAACUGUAAAGAGGCUAUACAGAAAGGAAUGGGGAUAUACUGGGACUUCACUCAGGGCAAAGAACUGAAAAACAGACAGACAAAACGAUGCCUGGAAAUUAUAAACCAGAAACUUAUAAUACAGGAAUGUACAGGUCAAAGAUGGCAAAGUAAACAGAUAAUCAAAUCCUUUUAAAGUGUAUUUUACCUCUUCUCAUAGAGCAGUGUAUAAGUUGCACCUGGGUGCUCUAUUGAGAAUAUCACUUUUACUUUUGCUUCCAAUAUUUUUAAUGUGUGUGUUUAUUAAAGUUUUUUAAAGGCAAGAUAUUUGAAUAAGCAGACACUAAAUAUAAAACAUUUUUGUAUCACAACACACUUUGAGUCUUUCUCAACAUUUGAGUUACAAGAGUUACAAGUGACACAGGUGUAAAACUCUAGCAAGGUGUUGCCAAGUAUACUUGCCUUUACUAGAAGUGGCAUGAAUUACACUGCAUUUGCCUACAACACUAUAUCUUAUGCAGCUAUGCACACUAUACAGCAAAUCCAUUUUCCUCAGUGACAUCUUCACAUAUUCUGUUCAAGUACAGGUAAAACUUAGAAAUUUGGGUUUUAAAGUGUUGUUUUAUUCUUUAAGUUUCAGCUACAUUAGAGACCAUAAAAUAAUGUUUUUUAGUUUUUAGUUUAAUUACACAUUUAAUGUGUCUCUUACAAGUUUGAAGUACAUGGGUUUCCAGUAGUUUAACAGGCAAUAUUUAUGGUUUAUAUUCAUCCUUUUGGGGCUAGUGGGUGGCUAAAAGGUUUUGACAUCUAUUUUUAUAGAUCUUAUGUCUGAUAUUAUCAAUGAAAAAUAAAUUAAGUAAAGCCGAAUGAUCAUCAUUUCAUUGGAAAAAUGUUUCAUAUCAUCAUGACUAACAUUAGGUUGCAUGCCUGAAAGGGAACAGAGGUCUGACUGUUUUGUGUUCUGUGGAAUGUAGUGCAUAAUAAAAUUGCAAUACAAACAUUUUCCCUAUAUAUGAAAUCUCGAUGACUGUUCUCCUGGACUUGGAGUUUUUAUUGCUACUGUUUAAACAGGUUUUUCUUGUGUGGUCGUCUGAAGUUUUACAAAGUUCAGCUUUCAUAAUGAACUAAUCUUUAAAAAAAUGGAUCUUUACCUUUGUGAUGUCUGGUGGUUGGUAUGUUGUAAUACAGCUGAGUAAGAUUAGUGUGUAACAACUCUGUUUAUUGGAUUACUUGAAUUGUUUAAAGUGUCCGGGUCGUACUCUGGUUUGUACUUUCUCUCUCGCAGAACUUUUUUUUCCCAUCAAGUAAAAAUAGGCCUAUAUUUGGGCCUUUGUUUCAGUUAA